AUGAAUAUGUUGGAUGAUGAAGAUGACCAAAGCUUUCACGCUACGCGUGACGGCUACUCCCAUUUGAGCGAUGUCGAAUGGGAUGCGGUUGAACGGAUGGGCUCGACCAUGGGCAUCCAUGCUGUUAGCGUCAUGCUAGAGGCUCUCAAUAGAGAUGCCCAACAUGCUACUAUCGCCAAGUUCAUUCAAAAUGAACUUGACGCAGAACGAGAGAAAGUAGCCUUGCUUCACCAACAAGGUUCUCAACGAUCAGAGUUGCUGAGAGAACAGGGUGCUCAACAGGGAGUCGAAGAGGACUCCCUCUUGAGAUGGUUCGUCGAAUUGGAUGACGCCAUAAGGGCGCGUCGCAUCGACGAUGGGGAAAUGCAAGUUGCAUUUGCCCAGUCAAAUCUGGCAGGACGGGCCAAGACUUGGGCACUGGGGCUCAAGUUGCACGACCCAUAUGCGUUUGGGUCGUUGGAAGCCUUCAAGUCGCGGCUCAGACAAACGUUUGAACCGCCUAGAGCUGAGUUCAGAGCUCGAACUGAACUCUUGAAGCUCAAACAGGGUAAGCGUGAUGUUCACGCUUACGCACAACAUAUACGACAUCUCACGAGUUGUAUAAGUUCCAAUCCGGUGGAUGAACACACGUUGUUUUCGGUGUUCAUGCAGGGUCUUGCAGAUGGUCCCGCCAAGACUCACCUGUUCCGGCUUGAACUAGAUUCACUAGAACAAGCCAUUUCCAUUGCGGAGCAGGAAGACUUCAUUCUGAGACAGGCUCGCGCCAGCUCGACAUCAUAUCGUCAACCGAGACGAUAUGACAACGGAGGUCCAGAGCCGAUGGAACUCUGUUAUGUAGAGAGCGAGAAGGCUCGCUCUACAGACUACAAGAAGUUGCAGAAAUGCAACAGAUGUCAAAAGACAGGACACUAUGCUUACGAGUGUAGUGCCCCUCGUCCAGUGUCUCGCAACACUGGGCGUAGUGACCGUCCACCCAUGAGAAAGGGGCAGGGACGCGGGUCCGCUGUUGGUGCAAAGACGCAACAACGGGAUGGACCGUCAAAAAACGGACAGGAUCGGUAG